UUGCCAGUGGAGCGCAGUCAGUUCAGAGUUUUUGAGCUUGAGUUUCAGUCUCAGUUUUUUCAAGUGCGGUUCCGUCGGUCCCGAUUCCAACUAAAAUACAACUAACUACACUCGCAAAAUGAAGAAGUUUCUCGUGGUGUUUGUGGCAUUAUUCGGAGCCGCUGUGGCCCAAAGUAGCUUUAAGUGUCCCGAUGACUUUGGAUUCUAUCCGCAUGACACGUCCUGCGACAAGUACUGGAAGUGCGACAACGGCGUUUCCGAGCUGAAGACCUGCGGAAACGGUCUGGCUUUCGAUGCCACAGACUCCAAAUACCUCACCGAAAACUGCGACUAUCUGCACAACGUGGAUUGCGGCGAUCGUACAGAGCUUGAGCCCCCAAUCACCACCCCCCACUGCUCCCGCCUUUACGGCAUCUUUCCCGAUGAGAACAAAUGCGACGUGUUCUGGAACUGCUGGAACGGCGAGCCCUCCAGAUACCAGUGCUCCCCCGGAUUGGCCUACGAUCGCGAUGCUCGCGUGUGCAUGUGGGCUGAUCAGGUGCCCGAGUGCAAGAACGAAGAGGUGGCCAACGGAUUCUCCUGCCCGGCGGCUGGUGAGCUGGCCAACGCCGGAUCCUUCUCGCGCCACGCCCAUCCCGAAGACUGCCGCAAGUACUACAUCUGCCUGGAGGGCGUGGCACGCGAGUACGGAUGCCCCAUCGGCACAGUGUUCAAGAUUGGCGACAGUGAUGGCACUGGCAACUGCGAGGAUCCUGAGGAUGUUCCCGGGUGCGAGGAUUACUAUGGCGAUGUAGACCUGAAGGCUCUGAAAAAAUUGGGCUUUUAAGAAUACACUCGAAAGGCACAUCGAAUUCACACAAAAUUAAAGCCACGGCAGUUGAGGCCUGAAAGUCACUGCAGAAAGGCAAGAAGAGAGGCAACAAAAGGAGUCAAAGGAUAGCGAAGGAUCAGAAGGAAACCACAAUGGCAGUGGGCUUAAAAUGCUUGCCGCACGUACACUCAGAACAAAUCAAGAGCUUGGAUAUAUAAUUGGGAAUGACUGAUAAAAAAAUUAAUUUAUAUUUUAAUUAAGUUCAUUUAACUACACAGGUUUUUGAAUAUAACACAUUUUUUAAAUUACAGCCUUUGUCUACAAAAAGAGAAUCUUCAGAGCUUGAGUCAAGCAUGUUGAAUGAUUUGUUAAAGAUUUCUCACAGUGCAAAUACACAAGCAGACACAUAUCAAAAGCAUAAAAAGUAAAGUAUGCACGCAGAAUACAUAAGAAUCGUACAGUUGCCUUUAAAGACUGACCAUAGAAUAUCCCCAAAAAUAGCCCAAAUGGACAAAUAGUCGAAGGUGCAAUUGAGCACCUUUAAGUUGAAGUAAUAAUAAAGGAAUUCAAUCACAUUAGCUCUGAAUUGAAGACCCGUAUGCUUCGUGGGAAUUCCAAGAAACCUUUGAUGAGCCGGCAGCGAAUUCCGUGUAUUCCGCGGUUACCACAGUGGCCGCAAAGUCAAAUUUAACUUAUUUAACUAAAUACUCACGAAACCACACACACAGACGGCUCAUGAUUCCCAGACCCUCUAAUAACGUCAAUGUAUUGUACAUAAAUAAAAGCA